GGAAAUCUCUGCUUCAAAAUUCUUUCCCCCCUCUCUCUCUCUCAGUUUUGUUCCUUCGCUUGUUCUUGAAUAUUCUUCGUUACUUCGUGUCAAAGGCAGAUAGGGGACUGAUCUUCUUCCCGCGUCUGAGAUGUGGGACCCGUCACAAAAAUGCGAUCUCGAGGAGUUGCUUUCGUACGGGGACGACCUAAUCAAAGUUUUGCGUGACAAGAAGGGAUUUGAUGUCUUGGCGCAAAGUUUCGAGCAUUUGAAAGCCAUCCAAUUCUCUUGCGACGAAGAUUUCAGCGAGAUUCAGAGAUCUAUCGAAGAUUGUCAGAAAAAACUCGACGCUUGCAAGAAAAAGACAGAGGAUACGAAUUCUGGUAUUGUGUCUGACUAUGAACUCGAGCGUAUUCAGAAAGAGCUAGAUGAAGAGCUGGAGCGGGAACGCCUGCUUAAGGAGGAGCUUAGAACCAUUGCAGACGAAAUCAAUGAUCUAAACGGCCAAAGAGCUCUGGUCGAAGAACAGAGACUUGCUUUAAAGAGAAAAGAGCAAGUUGGCAUGAGAGCAGAGAAAAUGCUUUCCAUGUAUGCUUCUGUGACAAAAGUCAUUCCAAACUUGGACGACCCAUCGAAAAUCUCAGGCAACAUGGUUGAUCGGGAUAAAACGGUAAUCGAGAAGUUUGAGUUUGAUCAAACCAAGAUGACUGCCUAUGAAGCAUGUAACUGUGUCUGGAACAUUGUAUACAAACAAUAGAUUGCGGUUUCUUUUUGCGUUCAGUUCAUUGGUUUGAUAUACGAAUCUGCUCAUUCUUGUUCUUGCCUGAAACCUUGGUCCGAGUCUCUGACAUCAAUCUGGUUGACAUCCAAGACCCCUUUCGUCCACCACUACUUAGAUGUAACAAUCUAUGUUCUGUGUAGUUUGAGUGACAUUUGCCUUUAUGGGAAGGCAAGAACCUGGUCUCUCGUGUAAUCUGAUGAUGAAAUUUCUUCUGUUUGUGUAACACUUUUUAUCUUCUGUAAAUAUUCUCUGCUGAAAUGAAUGCUGUAGCUUUUUUUUUUUUUUUCACUCAUGUCUUUACAUUUGUAGCUUCCAAAAUCUCCAGAACCUUCACCUAACUAUUGGCUGUUGAAAAAGAAAGCUUCCAGAGUAAUCGUCCUGUGCAGAUUGUUGUAAGUCCAGUUUCAGGUUUACAGACGCGGAAAUGGCAAUAAGAUGCCCAAAGGAGCAGACUUUUACUGGGCUAGCCGUUCAGCGCAGUAGAUAAACGGGAAAUGCUUCUCCUGCAGGUGCGAAUUCGCGUCAGCGCACGUGGCUUAUGGGGGAUUCUCAAGAUGGGUUGGGUUGGGCAAUGAAGGCUCCGACAUAAAGGCUAGACAAGUGGGCAAGAAGAAACCAAACCUGGCAGACAAAGGUGCGGUCUGGUCUGAUAAGGGCGUUGCCCCAUGGGACAAGACGAAGAUCAAUGAUAGAGAUCAAGCCGUUCUCGAAAACAUUGGCUAAGUGGUUCACGAUGAAGUCUGCACAGUAAGGGCAUAGAGUUUCAUAGUAGAGACUCAGAGUAACCUUCUGACACAAACAGGGAGAUUUCAGGCAGAAGAAAAUGGUGAAAAUUGCUAGGCAGAGCCUGAAAAAGCCAUGAUCCGCCAUUGGAGAAGAUGAUGGUGAAGAAGAAAAGAAAAUGUUGUGUUGUGCAAAAAGUUUUAGGGGCAUUUCAUGCUUUAUUCUACGGUCGCAUCAAACAAGCAAAGGUGCUCAUAUUUGAUUCGGUGGCCCUCAGCAAAUGUGCUUAUUUGAUCUUCCAAUUAGUCUAAUCGAAAACAGGUCGAUCUACUUACUAUAUUAUGAAAUUUAAACUUUUUUAAAUCUGGAA